AUGGCCAGCGGCCCAUACUGUCUGAGGUUUCAGGGUGUGCUCUUGUCUCUGUUGGCUGUCGAGAGUAGGCAAGAGCGUGCACGAAGACAUGUAUAAAAGAGAGCGGCCCUGGCGAGGGAUAUCCGAAUUGGACUCUGUUCUGCAUCGCAGGCUCAUUGCCAUAGGUAAUCCUCAUCUCAGUCCGGCAAGCAAACAACACUCCAGCCCCCAUUCACAAAGCCGAGGUGUCCCUUCAGCAUCUUUCUGCCCUCAUAUUAUUUCCCGCCCGCCCGCGACUCUACUCGAAGCCAUGUCCACGCUCAAGAUUACCAAGAUCACCCGGGUCAGGGGCGACCUCAAGAACUUGGAGAUUCGAGAAGGGUGGAAUAUGCCCAGGCCGACCAUCGACACGGACGAGGUCCUCUACAUUCCCGGAACUGAAGCAACCGCUACCCUGGGUAAACCGGCCGCCUUCCGAUUCGACCGGCGAGACAUCCCGAUCGAGGUCACGGCCACAUACACGCUGCCCUUCCCAGCGGCGCCUGCCGCCCCCACGCCAGCGGCAGCGCCAAAGUAUCGCCUCGUCGGCACCCAGUGGAGCCUCACGAACAGGGCGCCCAUCGACAACGGCUUCGAAAUCAUCAGUGGCCCAUUCACCCCCGGGGCCCCGAGCGGGGCGAGCGGGACGACCUUCACUGCCAGCAAGUUUGUUGUCGGCAGCACCGUCAGAGACCCCGGUGCCCCGUUCAAGGUGGACUCGGUGUUUCAGUGGUACAUUGUGCGCGACGACACCGCGCACACGCUACUCGGCGCCAGCAAGGGGGCCGGCGGUAUUAAGUCGCAGACAUACCUGGAGCUCUACUUUAUGUUCGGGCCGACGCACAACCUGCCAUACUACUACGACAGCGAGUUCUUCCUCGACCUGAACCGGCUGGCGUACCUCGACUUCGCCAAGGUGGCGGGCAAGACGUGGGCCGAGGUCGAGGGCGACGUGCUCUUCAACGUGGUCAACAAGCUGUGGAAGCUCGGCGACCGCGGAAAGCCCGACAUGUUGCCCCUGUUCUACGACUCGCGGGUGGGCGAGGGCGGCAGGCCGCACCAUCUCAGAGGCCACACCAUCGUGAUGAGCACCUUCUUUACACGGAGCAUCAAGUACGUCAACUGCUUCGACCUGGCCGCCGUGCUCAAGGUGGCGCUGCUGUCGCUGGGCACCAAGCCCCAGGGUACUACCGGGACCACCUUUGUGAACGUGAUAUCCGACGUCAAGAUGUCGGUCGACACGCCGUGGGGGUACAUCAAGUCGGGGCCGCUGUUCGGGUGGGAGCGGACGCAGGCGCACGAGUGCAACUCGCCGUUCUGGCAGGGGCCGGGCGGCACGUUGCCCAAGGUGGCCGACAUGGACCCGCGGCGCACAAAGUUCUCGUGCCAUUGCUACGUGACGUUCAGGAACGCGCAGGGCAAGACGUGUGCCGUCGACGCUUGCCACGGCGUCCUCGUUGGCGGCAGGGUCCAACUGGCCACGGGCCACCUCGAGAUCGACGACCACCGCAAGGCCAACAUUGACAAGGGGCCCGAGCCUGUUGGUACCCCGGUAGCUACAGGUAUGUGCUUUCUCUCCUCCAGUAUUUACUCUUGACUCGACAUUGUGAAUAGCCAAGUACUUGUACCAUAAUGAUGAUGAAGCAGCUGCUGACUUGACCGCAAUCCAGAACAGGCCUUGACGAACAUUCCCCAAUCGUAGACCACCACCUGCUUGGUCCGCAACGUGCAUUUCGCCA